AGCUUUUGUCUUUCUCUCUCAGUUCUUUCUUGUUCUUGUUUGCAUCCAGAAAACAAAAGAAUGAAACUGUUUUGCUUCAUGAUGGCACCUUUGGUUUCUCUUCUUCAUUGAAGGGUCGAGUUUUGUCUGAGAAAGGAAUAGAGAGAGAAAGAGGCAAGAGCCCCACAAAGAGAGACAUGCUUGUCUGUGUGUAGUCCCUUUUAUACGUGAAGAAAAAAUAAUCUUAGUCUAGCUUGAAAGCCUAGUGUUGAGUGUGGGAAAGACAAAACAGAAUGGCUUCAUUGGCUUGUGGUGAGGACAAGAUGAAAACAAAUGGUUUGGUUAAUGGAGGAACAACAACUUCUUCAACUUCUCAAUCUACUCUUCUUGAAGAGAUGAAGCUGUUAAAGGAUCAGUCAGGAACGAGAAAGCCGGUGAUAAACUCUAUGCUAUGGCACGCUUGUGCAGGCCCUCUUGUUUGUCUCCCUCAAGUUGGUAGCUUAGUGUAUUACUUCUCACAAGGUCAUAGCGAACAGGUUGCUGUUUCAACCAGAAGGUCAGCAACAACCCAAGUUCCUAAUUACCCAAAUCUCCCAUCUCAGUUGAUGUGUCAAGUACAUAAUGUCACCCUUCAUGCAGACAAAGACAGUGAUGAAAUCUACGCUCAGAUGAGUCUACAACCUGUUCACUCUGAGAGAGAUGUGUUACCAGUACCAGACUUUGGACUAUUAAGAGGAAGCAAACACCCAUCUGAGUAUUUCUGCAAAACUCUUACUGCUAGUGAUACUAGUACACAUGGAGGUUUCUCCGUCCCACGUAGAGCCGCAGAGAAGCUAUUUCCACCCUUGGACUACACAGCACAGCCACCAACGCAGGAGCUUGUAGUUAGAGAUCUUCAUGAGAAUACUUGGACAUUUCGCCAUAUCUACCGAGGGCAACCAAAGAGACAUCUCCUGACAACAGGAUGGAGUUUGUUUGUUGGCUCAAAGAGAUUGAGAGCUGGAGAUUCCGUCUUGUUCAUAAGGGAUGAGAAGUCGCAGCUGAUGGUUGGUGUGAGGCGAGCUAACCGGCAACAAACAGCUCUUCCUUCAUCAGUACUCUCAGCGGAUAGUAUGCACAUUGGUGUUCUUGCUGCUGCGGCUCACGCUACUGCAAACCGCACUCCUUUCUUGAUUUUCUUUAAUCCAAGAGCGUGUCCAGCUGAGUUUGUGAUCCCUCUACCAAAGUACCGUAAAGCGAUAUGUGGUUCUCAGCUCUCGGUUGGUAUGAGGUUUGGAAUGAUGUUUGAAACUGAGGAUUCAGGGAAGCGUAGGUACAUGGGAACCAUUGUUGGAAUAAGUGACUUGGAUCCACUGAGAUGGCCUGGCUCUAAGUGGCGUAACCUUCAAGUUGAAUGGGAUGAGCCUGGAUGUAACGAUAAGCCGACGAGGGUCAGUCCAUGGGAUAUAGAGACACCUGAAAGUCUCUUCAUCUUUCCCUCACUGACCUCAGGUCUCAAACGCCAGCUCCAUCCAUCUUACUUUGCUGGUGAAAACGAUUGGGGUAGCUUAAUCAAACGGCCACUGCCCUACGCAACAUUCCCAAACAUGGCUUCAGAGCAGCUUAUGAAGAUGAUGAUGAGACCUCACAACAAUCAAAAUGCUGUAACAUCUUUGAUGCCUGAGAUGCAGCAGAAUGUUAUGAUGGGGCAUGGAGGUUUACUAGGAGAUGUGAAGAUGCAGCAGCCAAUGGUGAUGAACCAGGUGGUGCAGGUGCAGCCAGACAACAACAAUCCUUCUGUCUCCAAUACAAGUGGCCAAGAACAGAAUCUGACACAAAGUAUUAAUGCUCCUACAAUAACUGAAAACAGCUCUGGGAGAGCCAAUCAUGGAAAUGAGGAGCUGAGUCAGAAACCAAGUGCCUUGUCUCCUUUACAAGCUGAUCCAUGUCCUGAACAGAUAUACCCACCACAACAGUCUGAUCCAAUAAAUGGAUUCUCUUUCCUGGAAACAGAAGAGCUGACAUCACAAGUCUCUUCCUUCCAGUCUUUAGCUGGAUCUUACAAGCAACCGUUAAUGCUAUCCUCUAACGAAUCUUCACCUAUUGUGCUACCUGAUUCAACAAACUCAUUUCAGGAUAUGUGGGACAAUCAGCUAAACGGUCUAAAGUUUGACCAGUUCAGUCCCUUGAUGCAGCAGGAGGACCUUUAUGGUUGUCAGAACAUGUGCAUGAGUAAUAGCACAAACAGCAACAUUCUAGAUCCUCCUCCACUCUCAAACACAGUUCUUGAUGACUUCUGUGCCAUCAAAGAAACCGAGUUCCAUUCUUUGGUUGGGAACAACAACAGCUUUGCUCAAGAUGUGCAGUCACAGAUCACAUCUGCUAGCUUUGCAGACUCACAGGCCUUCUCUCGCCAAGAUAACUCUGGAGGAACAGGUGGUACUUCUUCAAGCAAUGUUGAUUUUGAUGAUACUAGUCUUCUGCAGCAGAAUAGUAAAGGCUCAUGGCAGAAACUUGCAACGCCACGUGUCCGAACUUACACCAAGGUCCAAAAAACCGGGUCAGUUGGGAGGUCAAUUGAUGUCACAAGCUUCAGGGACUAUGAAGAGCUAAAAUCUGCUAUUGAGUGCAUGUUUGGACUUGAAGGUUUGCUAACUCGCCCACAAACCUCUGGAUGGAAGCUUGUAUAUGUUGAUUAUGAGAGUGAUGUUCUGCUCGUAGGAGAUGAUCCAUGGGAGGAGUUUGUGGGAUGUGUAAGGUGCAUAAGGAUACUGUCGCCAACAGAGGUUCAGCAGAUGAGUGAAGAAGGAAGGAAGCUUUUGAACAGCGCAUGCAUUAACGAUCUCAAGACUUAAUUUAGCCACAUAUGAACAAUUAUAGGGGAACCAUCUUAUUGUAAGCAAAUGAUGUGUUGUUCUGAUUUGAAACCUGCAACUAUUUUUAAGAUUAUGUAGCGAGUGAAGUAUGAAUCAAUAGUUGAAACAGUCUGUAAUAAGAAACUUUGUUGUCCUAAUUAGAAAUUUUCAUUUUAUUUCAA